GAAGGCAACAGCGACUCCGGGCAGCGCGAGCAGAAAGAAAUCACGGAAGGAUAUUUUGGAAUGUGCAGUAAAGAUAGAGAGCUUCUGCGUUUCGUGUGCUACGCCUGUGAUUGCUCUGUGCGAAUAGAGUGGGGGCGCAUACACGGCAGACUCAACUGACUUCUGAACCCAGAAGUGUGGGAGGAUUCGUGAACGAGACGGAAGGCUAAAUACCAAGGCUGGGUGCUUUAUGGCGGUCUAUGCGACCAUGGAUGUUUUUGCUUUGAUUCGCCUUGAACUAUGAUGAUAGCUCUCUUGCAAGACCCACUGGAUAACGAACGCAACAAAUGCAAGCAAGGUUACUGAAAAGCUGAAAUCAAAGGUGCAACUUCGCGAUGUUCCAUAUUGGCUAUCCUUGCUGUAGUGUUAUGACGUAGAGGCAAGUACAUGUGCAACAUUGAUCUGUGUGAUUUGAUGGUCUUCGGGCUCCCCACUGACACAUGGUUUCAAAUGCAAUAGACAGAGGGAGGACGGCUGAUCUUGUCAUGAGGUGGCAUCUGCUUGUUCAAAUGGCAAGCGACGGGUGUUUUGCUAUGCUCAGUUACUGGCCAUAGACUUGUCAGAUAGCAUAGCUUUGAAUUAAUCAAAUGUGUGGAAUGGAUGCGCUCUGAUCAUUUCUUUGUCAGUAGGCUACAUGCCAAAAUACGUGCACACUGACCAAAUAAUCGCAUUUUAAUUUAUGAGACUAUUUAUUUAUUUAUUUCAUUAUUUAUUAGCGGCAGAGCGCGCGCAACAUGUAUUUCCCGUCUGUGCAGUAGUCAUACGAAAAUCCGGAGACACCAUAAGGCGGAGAGCGUCAAAAGAAGCUGAGAUCAAUAGUCAAUCCAAGAAAUUGCCUCCACGAAUGGGUAGAUACAUUGAUUUACCCAAUCCGACUAUAUUAACGAAAAGCUAUUCGUUUUUAUUAAUGCCGCCCUCUUAUAUCACCUCUUCUUUCUGUGACGGUUCUAGUCAUUUUGCUGAGACGUGCAAUCGCAUAUCCAGCCCGUUUGAGGUGCCAUACAAUUAAGGACAAUUUCUGGGAAAUGUCAAUGUUUUUUUUCUCUCCUGUGUGAGGGUUUCACCAUGGAAACCCCGGGUGUGCGAUGGUGGCGACCUUAGUGGAUGGGAGGCGGUGUGAAGGAGAUGACAAUGUAAACAACGAACCUUUCAUGGUGUCUAGGUUUCAUGAAGGCAAUUUUCAACGCAUUGUUGAGUGUUUUCGGCCCUCUGACAGCUGUCACCGUGUAGAGCUAUUCUUUCCCCUUCAUCUUCAGCGUUAGACAUGUAGCCUGCGAUACACGAUGUAUGCGUUGUACAUCCCACAGCUCCCAACCUGUUAACCCUCACGAAAAUGCAUUUUAAGCGCUGAAGUACCAGCCACGCACGCAGCAUCACUGUGCAACGCUGUUAGUAACCACUGUCGUCACGUCGCUGUUAGAAAUGACCGAUGUGAACCUUCUGAAUCAAAACGUGAUUAAUAUCCCUUUGAACAUGGAUGACUUGGCAAUCAAGAGACUUACCAGAUUCUAAUUCAAUCUCAGGAAUAGUAUGAUGUGACCAUCCGAGCACAAUGCAUUGGCAAGGAUCUCACGCUAACACUUGUCACACCAUGUGUAUAAUCCACUUGCCCUCCUCGGGCAAGUAAGACUCUCAUGCAUUGACUGUCCCCCAUAACGCAAGCACGACGAAGAACAGGAACCGAGUCUUCGCCAUGCCCCGGAACCGGGCCUUCUCCGAGCCGGAGUACUCGGCGGAGAUCACCGACUGCUCUGUGACUCUGCCCUCAGACCCGGGCCAGGCGGUGGGGCGCACGCACGAGGUGACGGUGCGCAGCCAGGGCUGCUGCCUGUGCCUGCCGCGCUUCAUGCGCCUCACCUUCGCGCCGGAGUCCCUGGAGAACCUCUACCAGACCUACUUCCGGCGCCAGCGGCACGACACGCUGCUGGUUCUGGUGGCCUUUGCGGCGUUCUUCGACUGCUACAUCAUCGUCAUGUGCGCCGUGGUCUACACCACCGACAAGCUGGCCUCAGUCGCCGUGGCCACGGCGGGGCUGGUGGCCGACGCGGUCAUCUACCUGCUGUGCCGCUUCGGCUGGCUGCCGGAGCGCGUGUCACGCCGCCUGGUGCCCUACGCCCUGUGGGUGCUCAUCGCCGCCCAGAUCUUCUGCCACCUGGGCCUGAACUUUGCCCGCUUCCACCAGCCCAGUGACACGGUGGGCUGGCAGGCCUUCUUCAGCUUCUCCAGCUUCCUGACGCUGCCCAUGCGCCUGGCGCCCAUCGUGCUGCUCACCGCCGUCUCCUGCGGCGUGCACACGCUGGUGCUGGGGGUCACCAUCGCCCAGCAAAUGCAGGAGGACAUCCAGGGAGGCGCGCUUGGACGACAGCUCCUGGCCAACGUGGUGAUCUACCUGUGUGCCAUCUGCGUGGGGGUGAUGUCCUACUACAUGGCUGACCGCAAGCACCGCAAGGCCUUCCUGGAGGCCCGGCAGUCCCUGGAGGUCAAGCUCAACCUGGAGGAACAGAGCCAGCAACAGGAAAGGCUGUUGCUGUCCAUCCUGCCAAAGCACAUAGCGGACGAGAUGCUCCAAGACAUGAAGAAAGAGGCCAGCCAGAAGGAGAUGCAGCAGUUCAACACCAUGUACAUGUACCGCCACGAAAACGUCAGUAUUCUGUUUGCAGACAUCGUGGGCUUCACUCAGCUGUCCUCGUCCUGCAGUGCCCAGGAGCUGGUCAAGCUGCUCAAUGAGCUGUUUGCUCGCUUUGACAAGUUGGCAGCCAAAUACCACCAGCUGAGAAUUAAGAUCCUUGGCGACUGCUACUACUGCAUCUGUGGGCUGCCAGAUUACCGUGACGACCACGCUGCGUGUUCCAUCAUGAUGGGGCUGGCCAUGGUGGAGGCCAUCUCGUACGUGCGUGAGAAGACCAAGACGGAGGUGGACAUGCGUGUAGGGGUGCACUCUGGGACUGUGCUGGGCGGGGUCCUGGGACAGAAGAGGUGGCAGUACGACGUCUGGUCCACCGACGUCACCGUCGCCAACAAGAUGGAGGCCGGGGGUAUACCAGGGCGGGUGCACAUCUCCCAGAGCACGCUGGAGUGUCUGCGUGGGGAGUUUGACGUGGAGCAGGGGAACGGGGGCGACCGCUGCGAGUACCUGAAGGAGCGGGGCAUCGACACCUACCUGGUGGUGGUGCCCAAGGGCCCGCUGGGGAAGAACGCCAUCAACGGGGUGAAAUUGUCGGUGACGUCGUCCAAUGGCAACUCUCCGUUGCUGAUCAACACUACAGAGUGUAAUGGCAGCGUGAACACGGCCUGCACCACCCCAGAGGAGCCAGAGGAGCUGGACACCAAGGUGGUUAACCCUUCGUUCCCCAACCCUCGGCGGCGACUGCGCCUGCGGGACCUGGCGGAGAGGGUGAUUGACGCACAGGAGAAUGAACAGGAGCUCAACAAACUCCUCAACGAAGCCUUGCUGGAGAGAGAGACCGUGCAGGCACUGAAGGGGAAGUACACCAACCGGCUGUCGCUGCGCUUCACCGAGCCCGACCUGGAGACGCGCUUCUCCGUGGAGAAGGAGAAGCAGAGCGGCGCCGCCUUCAGCUGCUCAUGUGUGGUGCUGCUAUUCACCGCCAUAGUGGAGGCACUCAUAGACCCCACGUUGAUAGCCAACUAUGUGACGCUGGUCGUAGGUGAAAUCCUGUUGCUGAUUCUCACCAUCUGUUCUUUGGCUGCCAUAUUCCCACGAGUAUUCCCGAAGAGGCUGGUGUCCUUCUCCAUGUGGAUCGACCACACGCGGUGGGCACGCAACACCUGGGCCAUGGCUGCCAUCUUCAUCCUCACCCUGGCCGACAUUGUGGACAUGUUAAGCUGCCUGCCCGCCCCACGCAACGCGUCCACGUCUUCCCCAUCUCCCACGCUGGCCCCGGGGGAGGGCGGUUGCCGCGACAACCCCAAAUACUAUAGCUUCAUCUCCAUCCUGGCCCUGGUGGCCACUACCAUGCUGGUGCAGGUCAGCCACAUGGUCAAGCUCACGCUCAUGCUGCUCAUCACCCUGGCAACCGGCAUCGUCAAUGUCUACAGCUGGAGCGACAUCUUCGACCGGUACGAUGAGGACCGCUUCAAGCAGUACAGGUCCGAGCAGGUGCCGUCCAAGUACUCCAUGACGGUGACGAUCUUCAUCAUGAUGGUCAGCUUCUACUGCUUCGCCCGUCACGUGGAGAAGUUGGCGCGGACGCUGUUCCUGUGGAAGAUUGAGGUGCAUGAGCAGAAGGAGAAGGUGUACGAGAUGCGGCGCUGGAACGAGGCCCUCGUCACCAACAUGCUGCCCGAACACGUGGCACGCCACUUCCUGGGCUCCAAGAAGAGGGACGAGGAGUUGUACAGUCAGACGUACGAUGAGAUCGGCGUGAUGUUUGCCUCCAUCCCCAACUUCUCCGAUUUCUACACGGAGGAAAGCAUCAACAACGGCGGCAUCGAGUGCCUCAGGUUCCUGAACGAGAUCAUCUCAGACUUCGACAGUCUGCUGGAUGAGCCACAGUUCCGCUGCAUCACCAAGAUCAAAACCAUCGGCAGCACCUACAUGGCAGCGUCGGGGGUCAUCCCAGACAACAACACCAACGGCUACGCCUGCAUGAAGAAGGAGGAGCUAACGGACAGGGAGCGCUGGCAGCACUUAGCAGACCUGGCCGACUUUGCCCUGGCCAUGAAGGUCACCCUGAUGAACAUCAACUACCAGUCCUUCAACAACUUCAUGCUCAGAAUCGGGCUCAACAAAGGGGGUGUGUUGGCGGGCGUUAUUGGGGCACGUAAGCCACACUAUGACAUCUGGGGCAACACUGUGAAUGUAGCCAGCAGAAUGGAGUCCACAGGAGUCAUGGGUAACAUCCAGGUGGUGGAGGACUGUUACAGCAUCCUGAAGGACUACGGCUUCCGCUUCGUCAGGAGAGGGCCCAUCUUUGUCAAGGGAAAGGGCGAACUGCUCACCUACUUCCUCAAGGGCCGAGAAAAACAGGGUUCCUUCAUCAACGGCUCAUCUGUGACACUGCCCCAUCAAGUGGUGGACAGCUCAUGACACACUUGUGCACACGCACAUACACACGCACACACACACACACACGCAAACACACAUGUACACGCAUAGGCCAUGCACGACGCCAGCAUCAUUGCACAUACUUUCCAAACAUUACAAUCUGGUACUGCUGUCUUUUCAUCGUAUUGAUUAUUUACAUGAACACACCGCAGACAUCAUAUGUUUGGUAUGUACACUACACAGUUAUUUUGUUGGUAUGUUCCAGGUGUGGAAGGAAUAGGAACAUUAAGAGUCCUCCAAGAAUACAUGACCCAGACAGUGUAGUCUAAUGGGUACCACUUUACUUGAUGCCGGUGUCAUAUGCAUGUCAUUGCAGUGUCAUAAUAGUGUCAUGACACAGUCAU